CGGUCACGGCAGUUGACCACUGUAGGUCUCGGUGUAUCAAGAACUACAAUGACCAGAAGCCCCCGCGGCAGUGAAGCCGACUCGCAAGGAAUCAUGAAUUACGCUCGGUUUCUGACAGCUGUCAGUGCAGCCAGAAAGCCCUCCCCCAUCAGGAUGCUGACUGAGCUGCAGCAGCGUUCCCCUCCGUCCCUGAUCUCUUUGGCCGGAGGAGCGCCCAACCCCAACACCUUCCCCUUCCAGCUGGCGUCCAUUAAGAUGAAGAAUGGACAGACGCUCACCUUCGAUGAGGCGGCGAUGAAGAGGGCUCUGCAGUACUCUGCCUCUACUGGAAUACCCGAGCUGCUGACGUGGAUGAAGAACCUGCAGAAGAACCUCCACAACCCGCCGACCGCCGGCUACACCCCCGAGAACGGCCAGAUGGACAUGUGUGUGACCACGGGGAGCCAGGAGGGGCUCUGUAAGGUGUUUGAAAUGCUGGUCAACCCUGGAGACAACGUUCUGCUGGACGCACCCACGUAUUCAGGCACUCUUGCCACGCUCCAGCCGCUCGGUUGCAACUUAAUCAACGUUCCCAGCGAUCAGCACGGCAUUAUACCUGCAGGCCUGAAGGAGGUUUUAUCUCAGUGGGACCCCUCGGAGGUCCACAAACCCGGCAGUACCGCACCCAGGGUCCUCUACACCAUCCCCAACGGAGGAAACCCAACCGGGGCCUCCAUGACGACUCAGAGGAAGCAGGAAGUGUAUGAGCUGGCCAGGCAGUACGACAUGCUCAUCAUCGAGGACGACCCGUACUACUUCCUGCAGUUUGACAAGCCGUGGGCGCCCACGUUUCUCUCCAUGGACGUUGACGGGAGGAUCAUCAGGACAGACUCCUUCUCUAAGAUUCUGUCCUCAGGGCUGAGGAUUGGUUUUUUGACUGGUCCCAAACCUCUGGUAGACAGGGUGGUGCUGCACAUCCAGGCCUCGACAAUGCACACCAGUACCUUCACACAGCUCAUGGUGUCUCAGUUGUUGCAUAGCUGGGGUCAAGAGGGUUUCCUCCAACACAUAGAUGGGGUGAUUGAGUUUUACAGGACACAACGCGAUGCUAUGAUCAGCUCUGCAGACAAGUGGCUCAAAGAUGUAGCAGAGUGGCACGCCCCAUCAGCAGGCAUGUUCCUGUGGAUCAAACUAAAGGGUAUAGCCGAUACCCAACAGCUCAUUAUGAAGAAAGCCUUGGAGAAGGAGGUGCUGCUGGUUCCCGGAGGCGUCUUCAUGAUCAACAGUAGUGAUCCCUGUCCGUACGUCAGAGCUGCCUUUUCUCUCUCCACACCAGAGCAGAUUGAUGAGGCUUUCAGAAGACUCUCCUCUCUCAUCAAAGAGGCUUUGUGAUCAAAGGUUUGUCUUUCCCUGGAAGAUGCUGUAUUUUUUUAAAUGUACUGUUGAAGGCGUUUUUAUGUUCAAAUAUAUGAUUAAGUAUGAAUAUAUUUUAAUAUUGUGUAACCUCUUGACUAUAUCUACACCGUAGCUGAGAGGAGACACUGAGAAUGUCCGUUCAACAUGACUUGGUGCUGAUCAUUGGAAGCUAUUUGGAGCAAUGAAUAGAAACAGUUUGUUGCUCCGUCGUUGCACUACACAAUGAAGAUGUCAUCAACUUUUCCACGGACAAAAAAAAUUAGUAAACUUUUCUAUCACUCUGUAUUUAGUCUUUUGUGUCUGUAUGUUGUAAUAAAAUACUUCCAGUGAGUAGACGUGAGCUACAGCUUACAA